CUGAUCAGAAGCGCCAAUAAUAAUGCAAGGUCUCCAUCGAAAUCAUUGUUCAGAAUCUGUUUUGUUAAUUCCUUUCCUUGAGGACCAUCCAAGCAAACAAUACAUAUAUAUUGGAGGCGGCUGGCUAAUUCUUUUCUGUUCCUUGCUCGAUCUUUGGAACUAUGCUGGAAAUUAAGCUGGCUACGCCGUCACGCUUCAUUCGUCGUUCCCGCGCUCGGCGCUCGUCGCUUUCCAACCCCAUCCUUCCCGUCCGUGACCGUGAUUAUUUGCCGUGUGCUUGUUUCGUUCGUUCCUGCUCCUCUCACUCCUCGCACCUUGCGCCGCCGCAGCCCGCAGCAGCCAUGGACGACGGUGACGUCGGCGAGGAGGACGCCAACAAGCAGCGCCUCGAGCGGGCCACCAUGAACCUGGAGCGCGGCGUCGUCGCCGGCGAGAAGGGCGACGGCAGUGGCGGGAAUGCGAGCCGGAAGCCGCCGAUAGGCAUCGUCCGGCUCUUCUUGGCCUGCAUGGUCUCCGGCGGCAUCCAAUACGGCUGGGCGCUGCAGCUCUCCCUCCUCUCGCCCUACUCUCAGACUCUUGGGAUCUCACACAGCUACGUGUCUCUGACAUGGAUCUGCGGGCCUAUCGCCGGAUUUGUGGUGCAACCCAUCGUGGGCUACUACAGCGACCGGUGCACCUCGAAGAUAGGCCGGAGAAGGCCCUUCAUCCUCGCUGGAUGCAUCGUCAUCUGCCUCUCUGUGCUGAUGAUCGGGUUCUCGGCGGACAUCGGGCGGCGCCUCGGCGACACCAAGGAGCAGUGCAGCACGUUCACCGGCUCCCGCUGGUACGCCGCCGCCGUCUACAUUGUUGGCUUCUGGUUCCUCGACUUUGCCAACAACACCGUCCAGGGUCCGGCUCGCGCCAUGAUGGCCGACCUAGCUGCUGGACAGCACGGCCCCAACGUUGGCCAGGCCAUUUUCUCCCUGUGGUUGGCUCUCGGCGGCGUGCUCGGAUACUUGGCCGGCGCCAACGCGAGAUGGCACGAGUGGCUCCCUUGGCUCAAAACCGCGGCGUGCUGCGAUGCCUGCGCGAACCUCAAGGGCGCCUUCUUGACUGCGUUGAUCCUCAUUAUAAUCACCAUGUCGGUCACCUUGUGGCUCGCCGGCGAGCAGCAACUCGACAAGGACAACGUCGUCGACGCCUCCGGCGGCGCGUGCUCCUUGUUCGUCCAUCUCUUCAAGAGCCUCAAGAACCUUCCCCCUGCCAUGCUCGGCGUGCUCGCCGUCACGGCCGUCACCUGGCUGUCGUGGUUCCCGUUCAUCCAGUACAACACCGACUGGAUGGGGCGGGAGAUCUUCCACGGCGAGCCGCAGGGCGCGGGCGGCAAGGCGGACCUGUACAACGCCGGCGUCCGCGAGGGCGCCGUGGGCCUCCUCUUCUGCUCCGUCGCGCUGGGCGUCACCUCCUUCCUCCUCCCCAAGCUGUGCCGGAAGCUCACGUCCCGGGUCGUCUGGUCCAUCAGCAACCUCAUGGUGUUCGCCCUCUUGACGGCCAUGGUCGUCCUCGGCAUGGUCUCCAUGAAGGGCUACAAGCCCUCGCUCGCCGCCUCCCUCUCCGCCGGCCCCGACCACACGUUCAAGAGCGCCGCACUCGCUAUCUUCGCCCUCAUCGGCAUACCUCAAGCUGUGCUGUUCACUGUACCUUGCGCCGUGGCGUGUGAGAUUGCCACUGAGGAGGGCGGUGGCCAAGGUCUCACCCUUGGCGUCCUCAACAUUGCCGUCGUCCUUCCACAGCUGUUGAUCGCGCUCAGCGCAGGCCCCAUCGACGGCGCCUUCGGCAAAGGAAACGCCCCGGCCUUGGGCAUCGGCGCCGUCUUCGCCCUCAUCAGCGCGGUCCUGGCGCUCGUCCUUCUCCCAAAGACGAGAGGCGUGUCCAACGCCAGCGCCACCGUCAUGGCGAGCGGCCACUGUUGAGUGAUCUCCAGGCCUGUCGUCGCAGCAGCGGCUGCCCAGGCGAGAGUGGAUGAUCGGAAAUCCAGGAAUCUGCUACUUGGUCAUUUUGUAGUGGCCGCACCCCGAUUGAACAAACAUACAGUAGUGUAUCAUGUCAUGAUAGAAAAUGAAUCUGUCGAUAUGGUA